AUGAGCAUGAUCAGCGGGUAUACAGUGAGGCGGGUGGAGGGUAAUAGUGUUUUAUCCCAAGGCCGACCACGAUCAAUGAUCGGUGCGUCAGCUGGUCGGCGAGCAUCCCAGCAAGGCACUGAUGCACUUUCACUGGAGAAUCGAGACAAACUGUUGCUGAAUGAAGAGACUACGGACGCUUUUGACCCAAGUUGUCUAGUCAUCAAGGCGUGGGAACACAUUCUCCUACUUUGUUUGCUCUACGAAGGAUUCGUCGUUCCGUAUUUUCUCGCAUUCCAACCAGAAGCAGUUGGCGGAAUGAAUUUGAAAUUUGCGCUAGCCGUCGUGUGCGAAGUGAUGUUCUUUAUUGACUGCUACGUACAAGCAAGUACAGGAUACUAUGAAGACGGGAACCUCAUUCGCGACAAGAAAUUAACCCGAAGACGAUAUUUCCGCUCGUACCGUUUUGCUAUCGACCUGGUAGCAAUCUUACCGUGGCAAUUCGUGACGAGUCUGGACGAGUUGUAUGCAAAAUAUUUCGUCACGCUAAAACUGUUUAAAGUUUUGCUAUCCAUGGUAUACAUGGCACACAUGUUGGCAUGUAUCCGCUACAGUUUCGGCUACAAUAAGCACCAUACAAACCACUGGCUGCCGUCGGAUGAGGAAAGUCACCACCCUCUCCACACUCAGUACUUGGGCUCGCUCUUCUGGAGUGUCGGCAUCAUGACUGGCCUCUUCGAAGGAGAAUUACCGCGCCACAGCAGCGAGUUCCUUUUUACGACUUUGGUUGCACUGUGCGGGUUUUCCAUGUUCACUACUCUCGUCGCUACGAUUUUCGUCAUUUCCAAGUGCGAAAGUGGGCAUUCGGAAGCGGUGGAAGCUCGGAUCAACCAGCUCAUUCACCUUCUCUCCUUUCAUCGAGUUCCAGAAAGUCAACAAGCACAAGCGAUUGAGUAUCUUCGACGCUACUACACGGACGCAGAGUCGAAUGAUCGAGAAGCAGCGAAAAGACUGUGCCGAUCUAUUGCAAACGACAUCCAAGUGGAGCUUCUGAAGACAACUUUCGCCCAGAUUCCGAUUUUUGACGGUUGUUCUGAUCUCUUCAUUGUCGCAAUGACGAGUUUGCUGGAAAUGAUCGCGGUGCCUGCGCAAACGAUUUUAUUCUCUGCAGGCGACGACGGCGAUGCCAUGUAUAUCGUUCACUCGGGAGUGCUCGCAGUCAUUAUCAAGUCUGUGACGGUACGCGAAAUCCGUAAAGGCGCUUGCUUCGGAGAGCUCUCGGUCUUCUCAUCUAUCAAACGGACUGCGGCGGUCUUGUCGACGACGUAUUCAAUUUUGUACAAACUGUCCCGGUUCCAUUGCGAUAGAGUUCUCGACGGGUAUCCGGAUUGUGCUGCUUUGAUCGCAGCGCAUGUCGAAUCGACCUUGAACCACAUGCACGGCACCAAUAACUACGUUCUCAACACUAUUAUCUCCCCGAGGGGCUCUGAGAGUAUUAAGAUUAAUAAGCGGAGUUCGUCAAUUUCGGCUGGAAUUUCGGCAGGGACGUCAGCACUAACAAGUACCCUAACGAGGGUGCUGACGAUAAAUGGGGAACUGAGUGCGAGGGCUUCCACUAGAAAAAGUCUAACAGAAAACCCAACACCCGGGAAGAAGCGAAUUGACAAGCGACGUGGUAAGUGGAGGUACAUUCUACGAAACAAGUGCAUCGAUCACCAUUCAAACGUUCGUUUGUGGUGGCUAUUGCUGCUCCAAGUGAGUAUUUGCCACUCGUGGAUUAUGAUCCCUGUCCAGAUUGUUUUUCCGCUGUGGCAACAACCAUCAUGGCUGACACAGGCGAUGGAUACUAUUCUCAAUAUCGGCCUUCUCAUCGACAUACUUCUGAACUUCAGUCUGUCGUUUACGGUCGACUCGGAGAAGAUUAUGAACCCGAUGCGGAGCGCCACAAAAUACUUUGAAGGCCCCUUUCUCUUUGAUUUAUUGUGUGCUUUUCCGUACGAGUAUUUCCACAUGGCGCACUAUGGACUCAUGCGACUUCCGCGUCUUCUUCGUAUAUUUCACGCGAAACAACACUUGAGCGAGUUGGAGCAUUUCUUUCCUGCUAACAACACGCGACAGCUUCUCCUGCUUGGUGCACUGUUGACCAUGAUGUUUCAUAUCGUGGCCUGUAUCCACUUCACUAUCUCGUAUAUAGAGGGGUUUAACCCGAACGAAGCAGAGGCGUGGAUCUCGUCCACCAAACUGUGUCUUCGGAGACUAAAUUCGACUCAUUUGGAGAACUGUGACGGCAAACUAUUCAACGAACGUGUCGAUCUAGACCAACUCCGCAACAUCAGCGCUAUGGAGUACUCCCGCUCACUGUAUUAUGCUGUGGGAGUGCUGGCUUCGCCAGGAAAAAGUGUCGAGCCUAUCAGUGAUGUCCAGCUGGUCGCAGCGCUGAUUCUAAUGCUGAGUGGCUUUUUGAUCACAGCAAUUGUGGUAGAUAACGUACAGAAGCGCUUCACUGCCUCUGCUUUCGAGCAGAAAGAGUUCUUCGCGACGAGGACUCGAAUUCAACUCUUUUUACGCCGUCAAAACGCUCCACUAGCGAUUCAUCAUCGAGUAAAGUCAUUCUUAGACUAUUGGUGGUCCUCCCACCGCGGUGCUGUCAUUGGUGAGCUGUUAGCUGAUCUGCCACGACCAAUUCGCCUUGAUGUUCUACGUAGCAUUUGCCUACCAGUCUUACAGACGCUCGCGUUACUUCAAGGAGUACGCCCAGUUCGGGAUAAACUCGAGGAAUUCAUGGUGGAAAACGUCAAGUUUAUACUCUACGGACAAGGCGAGAUCGUGUAUCGUCACGGAGACUAUGUUACUGGAAUGUUUUUCUUGUUAAUGGGAGAAGUGUGUGUAAUUACAGUGGGUAGACCACCGCGAGAAGUGCCUCUAGGGGGGUUCUUUGGCACAGCAGCACUUACCCAACAAGAACGUGGCGAGGGGUAUACGGAGCAUGUGAGUGCGAGUAGUGGCUGUAUCCUACUGUUCGUAUCACGAGACCAACUUCACGCUAUGGAAACUAUUUUUUCUCCUUUAAAGACAGAGCUUCUCACUCUUGAGCAGAGAGUUCUGAACAACAAGUUGGCCAAAUCGGCUGUAAGCAAGGGGGCUCAGCGACGUUUACGGCGUCAAUCCACAGUUAUCAGAAUUCGCAAUGCUGUAUUUGGCUCCUUAAAACACCACGAUACAGUAUACGACCCCGACUCACCGUUUAUCCUAGCGUGGGAGACGUGGGUCUUUGCUGUGAUGACUGCGCAGUGGCUACUGGUAAUCUUUCAGGCUUGCUUCCCCUUGGAAGAAGCGAACCGAAAUGUUGACAUGGUCAUGGUGUUUAUGGAAUGUUCCUUCGUCGUUGACGUUUACAUUCGAUCGCGACUAGGACUCCACGAAUACGGCAACAAAAUGAUGGACCGUCAACGUAUCAAACGUUUGUACUUUAGGUCGGGGGCUUUUGCGGUGGAUAUCGUGGCGCUUCUGCCUCUGUAUCUCAUCAACUGGAGUGUGCCGCCGCAUGAGCGAUGGGAUCUACUCAACGUCAACAAAUUAUUGCGAAUAUUCAAAGUUCCACGACAGCUUCACGCGCUGGAGACACGGUACCUCAAGCGUACUACGGAGCUACGUUUAUCUAAGCUGCUGUACUAUACGUUCAUGCUAUCCCAUGUCUUCGGCUGCAUUUGGUUCAACUUUGCCUCCAAAGUGGCUGUACCAAAUUUCACGAACGAAUUGCUGCCUAUUAUUAAGAAAACUGCGUUCGGAGAGAACCACUGGCUACCUCACAAGCACUUGGAGCAUGCUCCGCAUAUUUUACAAUAUAUGGCUUCACUCUACUGGUCAUUUGGACUCAUGUCAGCGUCAAGCGAGCCCGAGUUCCCGAAAACCACAGCGCAGUGUAUCUUCAGUGCUAUAACCAUGACGACGGGCUUCUUUCUCUUCGCCUACGUGAUCGGUAAUUUCACAGAUAUCAUCGAGCUCACGACCUCGGAAACCAGGGAAUUCAACGCCAAGAUGGGGGCUGUUCGGCAGAUGCUCAACCAUUUCCAACUCCCUGACGCUCUUCAAGAACGGCUGAAAACUUUCGUCCUGUUCAAACGUUUCCAUACAAUCACGCAGGAACACCUUCUUGUUCAUUGCCUGCCACCGUCGUUACUUACGGACAUCCGUCUUGUUCAUCUGAAGCGUAUGAUUGAGCGAGUGGAAUUUCUAAGUGGCAUGGAGGGAUCUGUCACUCGAAUGCUGGUCUCUCAAUUCACACAAGUGCUAGUGUCUCGUGGAGAAUUCGUCUGUACACUGGGAUCCAAGAGCAGCGAUAUGUAUUUUGUUUUCACGGGAGUCUUAGACUUGUGGCGUCUUGGAGUUCUGAACGAGAUCUCGGCUGGCAGCUACUUUGGAGAAAACGGACUCUUCACCAAUGGCAGACGUGAUGACUAUAUUCAAGCCCAGACGUCUUGUAUUCUGUAUAAACUCUCUCGCGAAUCGUUGGAGCUCGUGUUUGAUCGAUACCCGGAGUGGAAGGACAAAGUCACGAGAAUUGUGAAUAUCCAUCGCGAACAAAACAGACUUUUGCAGCUUUCUCGAGAGGAGCAGCGUCGAGGAACGGAUGCCACUACUGGUUUAAUGUUAUCUCGGGCAGACAUUAUGAACGAGCGAGCCGACCGCAUCAAGGACGAACUUCAGCACGGAACCGAAGUGCAGAGCAGUUUCCAUCUGUCGUGGCUUCGGUUCAUGGUGGUUUGCAUCGUGUACGUCUCCAUUUUGACGCCAUAUCAAGUGGCCAUGGACAAUCUAGACCGCUUCACUCCAAUGGCGAUCGUAAUGAGAGCUUUUGGGCUACUGUGCGAACUCGUCUUCAUUCUCGAUGUGUGGUUUUGCUACCACGUUAGGGAAUGCCCAGCAUCCAUGGAGCUAUACGAAGGCGAUUUACGAGCCACGUACAAGAAAGAGCGCAUGCUAUGGGAUACCAUCGCUGCCAUCCCUUUCUAUCGCUUCCUCUCGGAUUUCCACUGUCGCUCGUGGUUGAAAUUACUGCGCUGUCUUAAGAUCCUCAACGUCGUGAAUUAUAUGGAUGAGCUCAAUCGACGCAGUGUCACGUACGAGAUCACUCGCUUUUGGUACAUUUGUCUGCUGUACUUGCUCAUGAUUUACUGGGCAGCGUGUGCCUAUUUAGCUGUGGCUACUGAAGUGGGUUUUGGCACCGAAUGGGAUGCCUGGCUGCCGUCUCGAGAGCUGGUUAUCACGAAUCCCGAGGACCCUUCGCCUUCCCAGUUAGCCCUCCGCUUCCUACGUGGCCUCUUCUUCGCCACCACGACAUUCGUCAAGAAAGCUCGAAAUCUCGCUCCAGAUACAGCAGCCCUGUACGCCUUCCACAUCGCCGUCUCGUUCGUCGGGCUCAUUACCAUGUCAUUCGUGCUUGGAGAGCUCGCAAGUCUCUUCAUUUCGUACAUCGGUCUGGAGGUGGAUUUCCGUAAAAACCACAUUGCCAUUGAGAUUUAUCUGGAUCGCUUGCGUGUCAGCGAUCGCCUGAAAGCUCGAGCACACGCCUUCAUGACUUCUUUGUGGUCGUCACAUGCUGGCGUCGACUACGAAGAAAUUCUGAGUGAAAUGCCUCGAUCCAUCCGGACAGCUUGUGUCCUUCAUGUGUCCAAAGAACCUGUGCACUGGUUCAUCAAGAAGGUAGUCGCGCCGAUGUGUUGGGAGGGAUCUGAUGAGCUUGAACUGUUCCGACACAGCUUAGUGGAACACUUACACUUCGAAGGAUACCCGUCCGACGAGUGCAUCGUUGUCGAAGGCAACAUAGCGCGAGCGAUGUACUUUGUGCUGCGAGGACAUGUUCAAGCGCACAGCCGGACUUUACGCGCCCUUCAACAUCCAAUUGGUCUUCGUCGUGGCGACUACUUCGGUGAACGGGGUCUUCUCGGUAGCGCCAUCAGUGUCUACACUGUUCAAAGUGUACGAGCUUGUAACCUGCUCUCGCUGAGCUCUGAAGCUCUCGUUCAAGUCAUGGGCCGGUACAAGUUCUCGUACUUGGGGCUGAGGAUUUGCGAAUGCGCCUAUGAACUUCUCAAGAAAAAGAACCUCGUCGCUUGCUCCAGAAUGGAAAUGGAGGAACACUGGGGCCGGAUGGAUUGCCGAAGAACGUGGAUAAGAUGUUCGACGCGUUGA